UUGUCCUACGCUCUCUGCCGCAUAAGAAGUAUCGACGUAAAUCCACCCUCUCUCCUUUUAAAGUAUAGAAAAAAAAAAAAAAACGAGAAAAACAAAAUCAGUAAAACCAAACAAGGCCUUGGAUUGGCGAUCUCCACGAAGCUCUCUCUUUCUCUUUCCUUGAGAAUUAAUAAUCGCAUUUCUCUUCUUCAACCUUUUCAAUAUUUCCUCUCGCUUCCUCUUUCUCGGAUCUUAUUUCUCUCUCGAAAGAUCUCCGUUUCUCUGAAGUUUGGAGAUUCAAAGUUUGGAGUGGGAGAUGGCUUCGAUAUCGUAUUCUGCAGCUGCAUUUACUGGAACUUCAGCCUCCGAUCUUCUUCGGAGCUCCAGUAACGGCUUGAGUGGCAUCCCUCUUAAAACCCUAGGGAAGGCGCGAUUUUCCUUGAAAAGGAGGGAUGUAACUGUAGCUGCAAAGCUGAGGAAAGUGAAGAAGUAUGAACACCCGUGGCCUGCAGAUCCCGAUCCUAAUGUGAAAGGCGGAAUCCUAACUCAUCUCUCCCAAUUCAAGCCAUUGAAAGAAAAGCAAAAGCCUGUUACUUUGAAUUUUGAGAGACCCCUUGUUGAUUUAGAGAAGAAGAUUAUUGACGUGAGGAGGAUGGCAAACGAAACUGGUUUGGAUUUCAGUGAUCAGAUUUUAUUACUGGAGAAUAAAUAUCAAAAGGCUCUAAAUUACUUAUAUAAACAUCUGACCCCAAUACAACGUGUGAAUAUUGCCCGGCACCCCAACAGACCUACAUUCCUGGAUCAUGUAUUUAGCAUUACCGAUAAGUUUGUGGAACUUCAUGGAGAUCGAGCAGGAUAUGACGAUCCAGCUGUUGUUACUGGUAUAGGAACCAUAGAUGGUAGGACGUACAUGUUUAUGGGUCACCAAAAGGGUAGAAAUGCUAAAGAGAAUAUUCAACGUAACUUUGGAAUGCCAACGCCCCAUGGUUACAGGAAGGCUCUACGCAUGAUGUAUUAUGCAGAUCAUCAUGGGUUCCCUAUAGUUACGUUCAUUGACACUCCUGGGGCAUAUGCAGACCUUAAAUCUGAGGAGCUGGGUCAAGGUGAAGCCAUUGCCCAUAAUUUGAGGACCAUGUUUGGUCUGAAGGUCCCAAUUGUUGCUAUUGUUAUUGGGGAAGGUGGCUCUGGUGGUGCCUUGGCCAUUGGCUGUGCUAAUAAGUUGUUAAUGCUGGAAAAUGCUGUCUUUUAUGUUGCCAGUCCGGAAGCAUGUGCUGCAAUUUUGUGGAAGAGUGCCAAAGCAGCUCCAAAGGCAGCCAAGCAGCUGAAGAUUACUGCCCCAGAGUUGUCCAAGCUGCGAAUUUGUGAUGGAAUCAUUCCUGAGCCACUGGGUGGUGCCCAUGCAAAUCCAGCUUGGACUUCACAACAAAUAAAAGCUGCAAUUAAUGAAGCAAUGGAUGAGCUCACUGCAAUGGACACAGAAGAGCUACUCAAGCAUCGCAUGCUUAAGUUCAGGAAACUGGGUGGGUUCCGAGACAGUGUCCCAGUAGAUCCCAGGAAGAAGGUCAAUAUGAAAAAGAAAGAAAACCAUACUGUUUCAAAUGCGGAGUUGGAGGGUGAGGUUGAAAAACUGAAACAGCAAAUCUUGAAAGCCAAGGAUUCAUCCACUAAUCCUCCUAAGUUGGCUCUGAAGGACAUGAUACAAAAAUUGAAAAAGGAGGUUGAUCAUGAAUACUCUGAGGCCAUUAAAGCCUUGGGCAUGAAGGGCAGGCUUGAUAUGCUGACAGAGGAAGUUUCAAAAGUAAAUUCAAAGGACAAACUCAUGAAUCCUAUUAUAACUAAUAAGAUUGAGAAGCUUAAACAUGAGUUCAACCAGAGUCUAUCAGCAGCUCCAAAUUACCCAACCCUCAAAUAUAAGCUUGACAUGUUGAAGGAGCUUUCUAAAGCCAAGAGUCUCUCAGAAGCUGCUACAUUGAAGCAGGAAGUUAAUAAGAAAUUCAAUGAAGUCAUGGGUCGGCCUAAGAUAAAUGAGAAGCUUGAAGCAUUAAAGGCUGAGGUUCAAAAUUCUGGUUUAUCCAGCGUUGUGGAUUUAGAUCAAGGGCUGAAGGACAAAAUUCUGAAUACGAAGAAAGAGAUAGAAUUGGAAUUGAUUAGUUCUCUCAAAUCCUUGGGUUUGGAUGUUGAGGUUGUAAAAUCUAAUUCCAAAGUUCUAAGUGAACAAACUUCACUGUCAGUUUUUAACAAUAAGGUGGAUAAUUUGAAUGAAGAAAUUAACAAGAAAAUUGAAAAUGUUGUCAGUUCAUCGAAGUUGAAAAAUAUGAUUGAGUCGCUGAAGCUGGAGAUAGCAAAGGCAGGAAAAAAACCUGAUAUUGAGACAAAAAGUAAGAUUAAAGCUCUAGCACAACAGAUUAAGAAAAGACUUUCCAAAGCUAUCAGCUCAUCAGAAUUAAAGGGGAAGCAUGAAGAGUUGAAGGCAGAGAUUUCUGAAGCCAUACAAUCGUCUGCUGGAGCUGAUGGAAGUGUGCAAAAGGAAACCAAGUACGAGGAACCUAGACUAGAGAUCAAUUUGGGUGCAAACCGCAGCUUUGCUUAGUGAUCUUGAUUCUGUCAGAAUGUUACUGACAUAAUGGUGUAGCUAGGGAUGGUGUUUGAAGUUUGACUGAAGAAUUAGAAUUGCGUCAAGCUCUUCCAGAGGAAUUAUUUCACCUUGAGCCUUGCAAGUGCCGCCGAGUCCUCCACUGUCACCUGCAGGCCAGAGGGCACAAGAUUUUGCAUCUAUGAAGACAUUCAUUAGCUUUUGCCAAUAAUUAUUGCCCUUUCUUCCUUUUUUUAAGCUGAAUUUCUCCACUUUGAAUUAGGUUAAAAAUUUUCCGCUUGCGUGUUGCUUUCAUUUCUAAUAUUUAUUGGUAGCAUGUGUUUUUUCUUUAGUCUUAACCCAUAGACAAAGAACGCUAUGUAGCUUGUGUGAUUGCCUGGGGAAGCCAAUGGCAUGCUUCCAUCUGUCAGAAAUAACACACUCAUGUCUUUUUUA